AGGCGCAGACCACGCGUGGUGCUGUACGGGGGAAUUGAGGCGCGCGGUUUGCCGCUCUGCUCUCCCGACCCGUCAGCGCGGCGAAGGCAUCAUGUCAGACAACGAGGACAAUUUUGAUGGCGAUGACUUCGAUGACGUGGAGGAGGACGAAGGACUGGAUGACUUGGAAAAUGCGGAGGAGGAGGGUCAAGAGAAUGUCGAGAUUCUCCCAUCUGGUGAGCGACCACAAGCCAACCAGAAGCGCAUCACCACUCCCUACAUGACCAAGUACGAACGAGCCCGAGUGCUGGGCACCCGGGCACUCCAGAUCGCGAUGUGUGCCCCAGUGAUGGUAGAACUGGAGGGGGAGACGGACCCUUUGCUCAUCGCCAUGAAGGAGCUCAAGGCCCGGAAGAUCCCCAUCAUCAUUCGCCGUUACCUGCCAGAUGGAAGCUAUGAAGACUGGGGCGUGGAUGAGCUUAUCAUCACCGACUGAACAGAGCUAGUGGACUGUGUCUGGGCGCCAUUUCUAUGCCUGCUUUAUACAUGUAAAUAAUAAACAUCACCCUUUUCACUCCCUGCA